AUGGCGAGAGACCUGUCGCCCUACAGCGCGCGACGGCUGCUUACGCAACAGCUAGUCCAAGGCCAGACUGCCUCGCCCCCGGCAGUCGAGGGCAGGAACGGAAGCCCGAGCAGGUUGUCGAGACAUGUAUCCGAACGCGUUGGGAAGGAGCCUUCGAUAGCAUCUGGUCGCCGCUCGAGAAGUCGAUCGAGAGAGAGGAAGCCCGAGGACGUACCGAACGCCCGUGAGCCAAAGGCCACGACAGUCGAGCCAAGCGCUGUCCGCAGGCGGGAACGGUCGCCGGAACCAUACAGGAAGCCACGAGGCUCCUCCAGAGAGAAGAAGAGCGAUGGAUCAAGAGAGCGGAGGAAGGACCGAUCCAGAGACAGGCGACGAGACCGGUCACGCGACAAGAGGCGAGAAAGAUCGGGCGACAGAAAGAGAGAUCGCUCGAGGGACAGAAGGCGCGAUCGCUCCCACGACAAGGACGGAGACAGGAACAGAAAGCGCGAUCGCUCCACGGACAGACACAGCCGGCGAGAUCGCUCGCGCUCCAGAGAGCGACGCCGCCGCGACAAGUCCAAAGAAGGCAGACGUUCACGCUCGCCCAUACCGUACCGUUCUCGCAAACCGCGCACCCGCUCGCCCUCUGCAUCCACAUCUCCACCGCCCAAACGUCACCGGCGCACACGCUCUCCAUCGCCUUCGCGCUCACCGCCGCCCCACAAGCGGGCCAAACAACCGCUACCUUCACAAGAAGUCUCCUUCCGGGGGCUUGACGACUCGGCCCAACCACCCUCCAAGUAUGGCGGCGCACCGCCUGACAAGGAGAAGCCCAACUUCAAGCCUACUGGCGCGCUAGCCAAAGCUGCCAACCGCGUAGAAGGCACCAAGAUCUCCCUCAAGUACCACGAGCCGCCCGAGGCACGCAAACCGCCCGCUUCACAACCCUGGCGCAUCUUCGUGUUCAAGGGCGACGAUGUGCUAGAGACCAUCGAACUCUGGAACAAGAGCUGCUGGCUACUGGGACGAUCUCGGGAAGUCGCCGAUUACGUUCUCGACCACCCUAGCUCAAGUGGACAGCACGCAGUCAUCCAGUUUCGGUACAUACAAAAGACGGUUGAAGACGAAUUCGGUGUCAAGAGCCACAAGGGAAAAGUCAAGCCCUACAUCAUUGACCUGGAAAGCAGUAAUGGCACAGAGCUCAACGGAGAGGAUCUCGAGGCGAGUCGCUACUUUGAGCUGAGGGACAAGGACAUACUCAAAUUUGGAGGCAGUGAGAGGGAGUACGUCGUCAUGUUGCCACCAGCAGAGUCUAAGUAG